CAGUGCGUUUUGCUUAAUUUUAAUAAUAAGCAUAAUAAUUGCUAGGCAAUACGCAGCGAAAAUUUCAGUCAAAUCUGCAACAAGGCAAAUCGAUUUAAAUAUCAAAUUACGUUGCAUUGGAAACGCCGCCGCAGUUUGAAAGCGCAACAAGCCGUCGUCGCAUACACACACCAACACAUACACAGGCACAUAUGCGGUGACACCCAAUAGCAGCUCGGCAUACCAAUACACAUUGACAGCUGCCGCCGGCAAAAAGCAGUUUCUCUUUUUAUUCGUGACUCUUGUGCUUUGGGUGACGAUACUAUCGAUACUAUCGAUUGUGGUGCAGCUCUAGCGACAACGACAGCGAAGUAAUUUUUGUGCUUUUGUGCCCGCCGCGCCACUGAAGCAGUUUUAUUCUAUUAUUUUUUUUUUUCGUUCAACUUUUGUGUGAUUUUCUGCGCAUUUAUAGCCAAUAACAAACAGCGAUAGCUAUAUUGGUGUUUGUGAGUGUAUGUUGCGUUGUACAUAAAAUAAUAGAGAACAAAACUCCACGCAAACACUUUGUGCCGGUGUCAGCCGAAAUUGCAGUCUGAACCAGUACUGAGGUAAAAGCAAACAGACACGAGAGCAAAGAAACGCAAACUUCCAAAAAUUUGUGGCAACCCAAAAACUGUUAAAAUUUCACUAACAACGACUGGGUGAGGAGAGACAAGCAGCAAAAUGUCGCCAAAAUCGCUAAAUGUGCGCGUCACGACAAUGGACGCUGAACUGGAGUUUGCCAUUCAGUCGACAACGACCGGCAAACAACUGUUCGAUCAGGUGGUCAAGACGAUUGGCUUGCGCGAGGUUUGGUUCUUUGGUCUGCAGUACACCGACUCAAAGGGUGACUCCACAUGGAUUAAGCUAUACAAAAAGCCUGAAUCGCCGGCCAUAAAGACAAUUAAAUAUUUGAAACGUGUUAAGAAAUAUGUGGACAAAAAGACCGCUGAUGGCAAUGGACACAAUCAGACGGAUGAAAGCGAGGAGGAUGACGAUGCCGAUGAUAUGACUGGAUCAAUGCCGUUCUCCACAUGGGUUAUGAAUCAGGAUGUGAAAAAGGAGAAUCCCUUGCAAUUCAGAUUCCGUGCCAAAUUCUAUCCCGAGGAUGUGGCCGAGGAGCUAAUACAGGACAUCACACUGCGCCUGUUCUAUCUGCAAGUGAAGAAUGCCAUAUUGACCGACGAGAUCUACUGCCCGCCGGAAACGUCGGUGCUGCUGGCCUCCUAUGCGGUGCAGGCGCGCCACGGUGAUCACAAUAAAACCACUCACACAGCCGGUUUCCUAGCGAACGAUCGCCUAUUGCCACAGCGUGUCAUCGAUCAGCACAAGAUGUCCAAGGACGAAUGGGAGCAAUCGAUAAUGACCUGGUGGCAGGAGCAUCGCAGCAUGCUGCGCGAAGAUGCCAUGAUGGAGUAUCUGAAAAUUGCCCAGGAUCUGGAAAUGUAUGGCGUUAACUAUUUCGAGAUACGCAACAAGAAGGGCACCGAUCUGUGGUUGGGCGUCGAUGCGCUCGGCCUUAACAUUUACGAGCAGGACGAUCGGCUAACGCCCAAAAUUGGUUUCCCAUGGUCCGAAAUACGUAACAUUUCAUUUUCUGAGAAGAAGUUCAUUAUCAAACCGAUUGAUAAGAAGGCGCCGGACUUUAUGUUCUUUGCGCCGCGCGUUCGCAUCAACAAGCGCAUCCUGGCCCUCUGCAUGGGCAACCAUGAGCUCUACAUGCGUCGUCGCAAGCCCGACACGAUCGAUGUGCAGCAGAUGAAGGCGCAGGCGCGCGAAGAAAAGAAUGCCAAACAGCAGGAGCGCGAGAAGCUGCAGCUGGCGCUGGCAGCACGUGAGCGCGCCGAGAAGAAGCAGCAGGAGUACGAAGAUCGACUCAAGCAAAUGCAAGAGGAGAUGGAGCGCUCACAGCGUGAUCUACUCGAGGCACAGGAGAUGAUACGACGAUUGGAGGAGCAGCUGAAGCAGCUGCAGGCCGCCAAGGAUGAGCUUGAGCUGCGCCAAAAGGAGCUGCAGUCUAUGCUGCAGCGCCUCGAGGAGGCCAAGAACAUGGAGGCCGUCGAGAAGGCCAAACUUGAGGAGGAGAUCAUGGCCAAGCAACAGGAGGUGCAGCGCAUUCAGGACGAGGUCAAUGCCAAGGACGAAGAGACCAAACGCCUACAAGACGAGGUCGAGGAAGCACGCCGCAAGCAGGCUGAGGCUGCUGCUGCGCUGCUGGCUGCAUCCACCACGCCGCAACACCAUCACGUGGCCGAGGAUGAGAACGAAAACGAGGAGGAGCUGACGAAUGGCGAUGCCGGCGGCGAUGUGUCGCGCGACCUGGACACAGAUGAGCAUAUCAAGGAUCCCAUCGAGGACAGACGCACGCUGGCCGAGCGCAAUGAACGUUUGCACGAUCAGCUCAAGGCCCUGAAGCAAGAUCUGGCGCAGUCACGCGACGAAACGAAAGAGACGGCAAAUGAUAAGAUUCACCGUGAGAAUGUGCGCCAGGGACGCGACAAGUAUAAGACAUUGCGUGAGAUCCGCAAGGGCAACACAAAGCGUCGCGUGGAUCAGUUUGAGAACAUGUAAAGCGCUGGCCACGCCCCAACAAACAACUAUUAGCAGCGCUCUGUCCUAAAUCCCGAAGGCAACCACAAUCCAACCACCAGCACCAUAUCGACGCAGCGCGCCCCCCACACCCCACGCACCACACAACACAACAGCCCCUCGCACUCAACCAUCAAUAGCCAAGCUUACACUGAACCAAUAUGCAGACCAAUUAAUAUAUAUAUAUAUAUAAAUAAUUUUUUUUUUGUGACCUUAUGUAAAGAAGUAGCCGAAAAGGAGGAAUCAUAUGUGGAUCUAUGGAGAGUAUUAGUUAAAGGAAAAAUAAUAGAAACAUCCGGUUUUGACAGUCUAGUGUUGAACGACAAUCAUACAAUGAAA